GCCAGCGUCCAUGCAGACAGAGCAGACAGGCGUUCACCAGUUUACUCUCUGAACAACUUCAUGUUUACCUCCACCUCCUCCAGUCGUUAGUAACCAUUUGCUCCGCUAGCCAGGGGAUGCUAACGUUAAUUUCACCCAGCACAAGUUGAAGUCAUCACAGAAGGACAAGGUUCGGCAGUUCAUGUCCUUCACGCAGGCGGGGGAGAGGACAGCCGUGUAUUGCCUGACGCAAAAUGAUUGGAAACUAGAAGUUGCCACAGACAACUACUUCCAGAAUCCAGACCUCUACUACAAAGAAUCCAUGAAAACCUCAGUGGACCGCAAGAAGCUGGAACAGCUCUACAACAGAUACAAAGACCCUCAGGAUGAGAAUAAGAUAGGCAUCGAUGGGAUCCAGCAGUUCUGCGAUGACCUGACACUUGACCCUGCUAGUAUGAGUAUACUUGUGGUGGCAUGGAAGUUCAGAGCAGCCACACAGUGCGAGUUCAGCAGGAAAGAGUUUGUGGAUGGCAUGGCUGAGCUAGGCUGUGACAGUCCAGAAAAACUCAAGGCAAUACUUCCUCGUCUAGAGCAGGAGCUGAAAGACACGGGGAAGUUUAAAGACUUCUACCAGUUUACCUUCAAUUUUGCCAAGAACCCCGGCCAGAAGGGUUUAGACCUAGAGAUGGCUGUUGCUUACUGGAAUCUAGUUCUCACAGAUCGCUUCAAGUUCUUGGAUCUCUGGAACCGCUUCCUGCUGGAGCAUCACAAGCGCUCAAUUCCUAAGGACACAUGGAACCUCCUGCUGGACUUUGGAAACAUGAUUGAAGAUGACAUGUCCAACUAUGACGAGGAAGGAGCUUGGCCAGUCCUCAUAGAUGACUUUGUGGAGUUUGCUCGGCCGAUUGUGGCGGGGACUAAGCGCAACAUGACAUAGCUUCACCCAGGGAAUGGAGUUUGUCCUAAUUUUCUUUUUGUUUAAAUGAGAACUUUUAUACAAUGAGCCAAAAAGAGACUUCUUCUCAAAAAGCCUGUCUGCAGCUUGUUUUUUAGAUCGUUCUUCCAACUGCAUAAGAUGCCUUGGCUGGGGAGCGACUUGAAACAGCAAUUCAAAGAGGACAGCAGCAACAGGAGAGCGAGAGAAUGUGUUUUAUGUUGUUUUGUCGUCUGCUGCCAACGACAAACUUUUUCAUCUGCAAUAUGAAAACGAUGGGUACCCUUAAGACUCUCCACUCAUGUGCAAACCACCGAUGGGUGUGGCUUCAAAACUGCUGCUGCGGACUCACUUUUACCUGAACCCUUGGCACAAUGAGGAGGGACAGUAAGGGUGAACUUUCAGAACAUGCCGAGGAUUAAGUUAUAGAUUCAGGAGGAUGUGGCCUCAGAUGUUAUCGUUAGUGAAUGAUAGAGUGUUUAAAAUCGCAUGUUUGUCAUCGAUGGAUGUUUAUGAAUGUGUGGGUGUUUGCAAGGAGGGAAAAUGGUCUACAUUUUUUCACUGAGAUCGUGAAUGUGGAGCUCUCUGACAAUCACAACGGGGGCAGAGAAAAGCGUGCUUGUUCGUCAUUGUAUGAUUGGGUGAAUGUGUCAGUCUUUUUACUUUUGAGGAGGUGGGGUAGGAAUUUUGUCUGUUUUACAAUGCAAAAGAUUUUAUUUGAUUUUAUUAUAAUUAGCAGUUGAGAACUUGUGAUUCAUCUGCACUAACUGACAGUGGAAAGUUUUUGUAUUCACACUGAAAUUCAAAUUGGAGACAGAAGCAUGCGUUUUGAGCUCAGCACCAGCAGAAUCUCUAUCAUAACAGUUUUCAAAAUACUGUUCACAUAGGAAUAAGAAUAGAUGACAUGUAAGAAGAAUCAAAUAUAUAUAUAAAAAUAGCUGAGGUUAUUUACAAUCUUGAUUAGUACAACAAAAGCAUUUAGGAUGAUUUUUAAAAUGCUCCUGCAUUAUAUUUUGGUUUGAAUUUUUUUCCAGUGUGCACACAACGAGAACCUGAUUGGCAUGUUGACUGUUUUCUAUGAUCCAGGUGACGAUGAUUUGCCAACCCCACAAACUGCACUGAUUUUACACUUUUUCUGUUGUAGGUUUUACUGUCAGAUAGCACUGUAUACAACUACAAAACCAUUCAGUUUACACUAUUUUAAAAUGAACAUCUAUAUCCCAGCCAGAAGUGUUGUCACUGUUUGUUUACACUGUUUAACAGAGGAAUAACUGCUGCAGGGGAAAUGGUGAUGUGUACCACAGAACUACUUCAGAUACAACAUGUCACUUUAAGAACCAUGCUUUUGCCGCCAUCUAGGGGUGACUGCAGGUGAGCACUUAUCAGAAUGAAGUGCUGCAUAACAGCUGGAUGUGGUCAGAACUAUGUCAGAACAACCACUCUGAGGUUGGAUGUGGUCAUGGAACUUUUAGCCGUUUCACCCAUAUAGAUUAAAGUUUAAGUGUUGCUCUUUAGGUGUAUUUAUAAACAUAAACAGCUCUAUCAGUUCUCAAGCUCCCUAUCUCAGUAAAGGAGCGUGACAGAGGGUAUACUUCAGGUACCAAUUUUCGUCUUUAUGUCAUAGAGUAGCAGGCAGAUUCCUGCGAAUACAUCUGUUUUCCCCUGGCUCUGUGUUCUCAAUAGCCAUCAACUAUGCAGUCCUGAUCUGCACAUCCUUGCCAUGAUUUAGUGUUUCAAUUUAAAUCGCGGUGGGUUUUUUUUUCUGUGUCAGAAGCCUUUGUCCUGUCAUCUAUAGCCUUCUCUUUUCCAUAAACUGACAAACAUUUUUGAGAUCUGAACAGAAAUCAUUUAAUUUGGAUUUUGUGGUGGAUGCAUACAAAGCAGUGGCACAUCAGGGUGGGACAAAUCUGAUUUCAGUUCAGGCUUGAAAAUGUGAGCUCAGAAACCAGCCUCAUGUUAUUGUUAGUUACUUCAGGUGCAGUUUAAUUAAUUAAAUCACACCUGCUCAUCUGUGUUACAAAGCAAGCUAGAUAUAUUGGGGGGGGGGGGCAAUGAGAGGAAGUCAUGUUUGUAGUUCCCAAUCAUCCAAAUCAUGGUAGUUUUAUCCAAAAAAUAGAUGUGAUUGAAGUUCUAAAAACAGGUAUCAAAAGCUUCAACAAAGUCCAGUUGCCUUUUGGAUUAAUAGGAAAAAAGUCUUGUAACUGCAGGAUGGUGUGAUUUAUUUUUCUCUUUGAAUGUUGUUGACUUAACGGUCCAAAAGCAAGAAAAUGUGAGAUUUCUGUGUUCAAUUUGAUCAAAUGGUACAUUUUUAAUUUGUCAAAUGUAUGGUCAACAUUUUGUAGUCAUGUGAAUCAUUCUUAUUAAAAACAGUGUUAUUUUUGCCAGCAGGAAACAGGUAUUGUUCAGAAUGUUAAAUUUUGUCACAGAAGCAUACUAUUCAUUGUUUUCUUUAAGAAAAUUUUCAAUAAAGCAUGUUGUUUUUAACAGCCUGGUCAAAGCUGCACUGUCUCUAGAGUAUACCAGUAAGUAGGGACUUCAGAAACUGAUUAGAUCCCUCACUGGACUCGAAAUGAGUUU